AUGCCGUCCUCAUCACUCUUUCUGAGGUCGAGCGCCACACUCGUUUCUGCCCUGUCUUUGUUUUCUGCAUCUGUUUCUGCGGCUUCUAAUACCUACUAUGCUUUGGACACCGAAUAUUCCGGCACAUCGUUCUUCGACGGAUUCAACUUCUACAGCGGAGCCGACUAUAGCCAUGGUUUCGUCACUUAUGUGGGUGAAUCGACUGCGGUAAACUCGGGUCUUGUUACCUUCGAUGGUGGCUCUGUUCAAAUGAGAGUCGAUUCGACCAACUUGUAUAACGGCGAUGCAAACUACUGGCUGAUCAACGGUGUCGGUCGACCAAGUGUGAGGAUUGAGAGCGCGGCCAAAUGGACCCACGGUCUCUUCAUAGCCGACAUCAAGCACAUGCCCAGCACGCUCACAACUCAAGGCUGUGGUACUUGGCCUGCUUUUUGGACUCUCGGUGAUGGAACUUGGCCAUAUCAUGGCGAGAUCGAUAUAUUAGAGGGCGCGAACAACCAAGCCAAAGAUCUCCCCGCUGCGCACACGGGAAACACCUGCGUAGUCUCCCAGAGCUCAUUCCAGAUGACAGGUUCUUCCAACGGCAACAAUUGCCAAUACGACAGCGCCACCGGAAACAACGGCGCAGGUUGUUCAGCGUUUGAUCCGCGAACUCAAAGCUAUGGUUCACCAUUCAAUGCCAUCGGCGGUGGUGUGUAUGCUAUGGAAUGGACAUCGGACGCGAUCAAGGUGUGGUUCUUCCCUCGAGGAUCCAUCCCGUCAGAUAUCCAGUCAGGAACCCCUGAUACCUCUCUGUGGGGUUUGCCGUCGUCGAUUUUCAACGGCCCUGGAUGCGACAUCGAUGCCAACUUUGCCAACCACCAAAUUGUCUUCGACACUACCUUCUGCGGUGACUUUGGUGAUGCUACAUGGAGCUCCGGUGGAUGUGCCGCCAUUACAGGCCAAACUAAGUGCUCUAACUUUGUUGCCAACAACCCCGCCGAGUUCGCAGAAGCAUACUGGGAUAUCAACUAUGUCAGAGUCUACCAAUCCAAACCUGUUGUUGCAACCACCACCACAACGAGCACGACCACGACCACCACAGCUUUGACCACUACAACGACCAGCACAGCCUUGACCACCACAACUUCGACAUCCAGCGCCUCGACCGCGAUCACGACCACAACCAGUGCGGCGGGCUCAACAACAACGUCGUCGGCUGACACAGUUGGUCCAAUUGGAGGUUCUACGACCACGACCGCGUCAACUUCAGUGGCUUCGACGACAGCUGCGGCCGUGACUUCCAGCACUUACGUGAGCACAUUGCCCAUUACGACAACCACUUCGUUCCAGAGCAUUGCACCCUUCCUGAACACGACGACCACGACGACGACCUCCGAGUUCACCGUCGGCCCAAUCGGCGGGCAGACCACAACUACCUCCAGUCCGACCAUCGGGCCCAUCGGGCCCAUCGGUGGGGAGACGACAACUGCCUCAAACACGUGGGAAGACUGGACAUCGGGUGCCCUCACCACCACCGAACCUAGCACAACUACAAUUCCCACAUCUGUCUGGGAAGACUGGCCGACGACAACAACGGUGCCUAUUGAGCCCGACACAACGACCAGCUCUGCUUCAUGGGAUGACUGGGCCGUCGUGACCAUCACUCUGACCGGCUACACGACCAAGACAACCACGUUGGUGACCACACAUUGCGGCUGCACGGAGACGCCCGUACCCACGAUUCCCGUGACCGUGACCACCAUCUACCCGUCGCCCGGCUGGCCCGUCACCACACGCGUCGUGGUCACCGUGCCUGUGGUCACCGUGCCUGUGGCUCCCGCCACCGAAACCAGCCACGGUCAUGGUCACGGCCAAGGUCAGGCCUCCUCCUCCCCAUCGGCGCCCGUCAAACCUGCUACCACCAUCUCAGCCUCCUCAAGCGCUGCCGUGGCUUCAUGGCCGUGGGCGAGCCCUGCCGCCCCGAGUGCAAGUGCAAGUGUAACUGUCGAGACCACCCUCACCGUCGUGCCCGUUCAAUCUUCCGCCCCCGUCGUGCCGGUGACGAAAGGCAACACAACCACGACCACGAGCGCCUGGGUCGCCAGCUACACUGGCGCCGCGGGCCGCAUGGGCUUCAGCAUGUCGGCGCUUGUCGGCGCCGGUGCUCUGGUCCUUGGCGUAGUGGCUAUGUAA